AUGGCUAUUUUUCUGAUUUCCUUACUCUUGCCACUGGGAUUAGCAGUGGGAUCAAAUUACGGGUAUGUGGAGUGGUCAGAGCAAGACAAAGACUUGGACAGCAAAGUACAGCACACCGUUCCUAACACGAAUAUCAACAAGGAACCGCAGCACCAUCCGACGUAUAUUACAAAACCAUGGACCGAGCGCACCGUAGUGGCGCACAGAAUCGAAGAGGACUUGCCGAGGGUCGUCACGGCUUUUCUUCAUACGGGAGAUUCGUCCACGUUACAACAUGUCAACUGCUCCAGGAGGUACGAGCUGAGCAGUCUCCGGGGGAGAUCAUACAUCGCUCCUCAUUAUCCCCUGCACAGCGUGCUCGAGACGGUGGCGCACGCAACCAACUUCCUAAACGUGAUCUUACAAACUAACAGUUCAAGGGAGCACACCGUCCGGCGAGACAUAAUGUGGUACCACGCUUUAGUUCGGAGCAUUUUAGAGGGAGACCCCAAAAUAUACCGGGCUGUGGUCACGUUCAAUACCGAAUCGCCGACUCCUGGUCCGCACAUCUUCCUCCAGGCAACCAGAACGGAGGAUAACAUAGUUCUCCAAGAUCUCUCCACCACGGCCCACCACCGCUUGAAAAACAAGUCGCCGGAAACGGAGUGGUUCAACGAGUUUAGGGACAAAAAACAAACCCACGUGCGAAGGAGAAUGUCGAGCCAGGACGUAAAAGUAACCGACGCCGCGGUCAGAAGAGGCGACCGUUAUGUGCUCAAUAAAACACAGAUUAAGUGGUCCGCGCCUUACCUCGAGUGCGAAAAUGGUAAUUUCAUCCCACACUGGCUUCUGACUUUGUCAGCGGGAUUCUACAGUUUGAAGCCAAAUCUGACCCCAGAGUUCAGGGGUGUGGUUCGUGUGGAUGUGAACCUGCAGGACGUGGACAUUGACCAGUGCUCCUCCAGUGGCUGGUUCGCUGGGACCCACAGGUGCAAUCUCACCACGAUGGAGUGCCAGCCCAUUGCCGGUCACGGGUUCGUGUUGGACCAGUACAAGUGCCACUGCAAGAGGGGGUUCUACCACCCCGGCCGGCUGGCACUGAACGGCUUCAAACGGACGGAGAAGAGCGGGGGCCGGCAGCAUGGCGGGGUGUCCCAGGGCCCCGCGAAGUGCCUGCCCUGCCGGGAGGGGUGUGGCCACUGCCGGGACGACGCCCCCUGCCACACCCAGCAGGACCCCACCCUGCGGACCGCCCUCAUCUCCUGCCAGGCCCUGUGCAUGCUGGGAGAUCUGAUCAGCAUGGUGGUGGCCUACAACUUCCGCAGGAACAAGAGAAUCAGAGCAUCUGGAUUGGUCCUUAUCGAAGCCAUUCUGUUUGGAGCCCUGCUGCUAUACUUCCCAGUGGGGGUUCUGUACUUCCGCCCAAGCGUUUUCCGCUGCAUCCUCCUGAGGUGGGUGAGAGUCUUGGGCUUCGCCGUGGUUUACGGGACUGUGAUUCUCAAACUGUACAGGGUUCUGAAGGUGUUCCUUUCGCGCUCAGCCCAGCGGAUCCCCUACAUGACCAGCUGUCGGGUCCUGCGCUUGUUGGCAGUCAUCCUGCUGGUGGUGAUCUGGUUCCUGGUCUCCUGGACCCUGUCCGUCUGCCAGAACACGGGCCGGAACCUGGCUCUGAUCCAUGUGGGCAUCACUCCUGAGGGCCUGCAGUUCAGCAUGUGUCUGCUGGACCGCUGGGACUACAUGAUUGCCAUUGCUGAGUUCCUGUUCCUCCUCUGGGGCGUGUAUCUCUGCUACGCCGUGAGGACCGUGCCCUCGGCCUUCCAUGAGCCGCGAUACCUCGCCGUCGCCAUCUACAACGAGCUGGUCAUCUCUGCCAUCUUCCACAUCAUCAGGUUCACUCUGGCUCCUGCGCUGCACCCUGAUUGGAUGCUGAUGCUGGUGUUUGCCCACACCCACCUGACCGUGACCAUCACUCUGGGGCUGCUGCUCAUACCCAAGUUCUUGUUUACAGGGACCCACACGCGGGAUGACAUCGCCACCGAGGCCUAUGAGGAUGAGCUGGAUAUGGGCCGAUCGGGGUCCUACCUCAACAGCAGCAUCACGUCGGCCUGGAGCGAACACAGCCUGGACCCCGAGGACAUCCGGGAGGAGCUGAAGAAGCUGUACUCCCAGCUGGAGGUCUACAAGCGGAAGAAGAUGUUGGCCAACAACCCCCACCUGCAGAAGAAGAGGAGCUCCAAGAAGGGCCUGGGGCGCUCACUCAUGAGGCGGAUCACCGAGAUCCCCGAAACGGUGAGCCGGCAGUGCAGCAGGGAGGACAAGGACCACCAGGGGGAGCACGGGGGCACCCGAAACAGCAUCUGCACCCUGCGCCGGAACCCCUUCGACCCCUCCCACGCCUCCAAGCACAAGGUCUUCUCGCUCCAGAAGUCCCACAGUAGCUACGACCACGUUCGGGACCAGGGCGAGGACAAGAUGGCCGCCGACGCGGACAAGAUGGAGGCCUCGACCACCGAGAGCUCGCUGCUGGACCCCCUGGCGGGACAGCCGCUGCAGAGGAAGGAGGAUGGAGGAGGAGGCGGGGGCGAGGAGAAGGCCGAGGGCGAGUCGACGGAAUCGGUGCCGCUGGUGUGCAAGUCGGCCAGCGCUCACAACCUGACCGCGGAGAAGAAGCCGGCACAGCUGCGGACCUCCAUGCUGCAGAAGUCCCUGAGCGUGAUCGCCAGCGCCCGCGGGAAGACCCUUGGCCUGACUGGGAAGAUCCACGGCGUCGGGGAGGACGGCCGGAAGAGCCACCACCACAGGGCGAAGGACUCCAGCAAGGGCUGCCCCGAGCCGGCCGAGACGCCGCAACGCUACCCCAAGAUGCCAGUCAGCCAGUCGGUGGAGUACAAGCAGACGGCCAGCAAGGUGGGCAUCAUGAAGCCGCAGGUGAGCGGCAGCCAGCCGUCCAUUUGCUCCGAGCCAGGCAGGAGCAAGGAGCUGUACGACCUGUCCGAGGUGUGCCCCUGGGAGCUGGAGGACCUGCCCACACCGUCUGAGGGCAAGGUGCAGAAGCACGUGUCUAUCGCGCCUGGCGAGACCACAACGGUCCAUGGGACCACCGUCAAGGGAAGGCCGGGGGCGAAGCAGAGAGGGUCAGACCACCAGUCGCCAUCGUCUAGCAGCCGGAGGCCCCACCAGCGCCCGCUCGAGAGGCUGAACAUCUGCCCCUGGGAGGAGGAGGAGGAGGGCGUGGUGGAGGGGGGGCCCAAGCCUCAAUCGCCCCGGAGCCGUAGUGACAAGGGGCCGCAGAGACCGGAGAUGUGUCUGUGGGGUCCCGGUGCGCCUCCGGGGGGGGCAAAGGUACUGGAGGGGGGGCUGUCCCCCGAUAGAAGCCGCCGGAAGAAGAGCGUGACCCCCACGGAGGGGAAGGAGAAGGUCCUGCACUCGGAUCACUCCAAAUCCACCGGCAGCCUCCUGCAGCCCCCCGGCCUGCGGGUGGACAUCUGCCCCUGGGACUACGACACCCCGCCGUCCUCCCCCAACGCCGACCGAGCCGCCACUCACGCCCCCCGGGCCAACGACUCCUCCCACCCCAAAAGGAAGGGCAGCGGGGCUUCUGCCAAGACCCUGGAGAGAGAGAAAGGGAGGGACAAGGAUGACGGCCGGCGAAGGUCCAAGAGCAAGGAGAAGAGCUUGUCUGGAAAAUCCACAGAGAAGCGUCGUGUCAGCCAGUCCAAAAUGGCGGACGGAUGCCCCUGCGAUGGCGGGGGUGGAGGUCAGGGCGACUGCAGAGCUGACCGGCGGAAAAGCUCAAGCAGUGAAGCAGGGUCAGCCUAUAGCAAGCAGGCGGAAAUCAGCCCCAGGGAUUUUGAGAGCAUACCCGACAGCAGAAGCACUAAACAGAGGCCGCCCAGUCUGAAAGCAGGGGUCCCUGCCAACGCCAAAAUGGCAGAUGUUUGUCCAUGGGACUUUGAAGACAAAAUGUUGGGGAAGAAUGCAUGACACUUGUCCCAUGAUAGGACUUAUCAGAAGAUUUAGUUUUCACUAAAUAUUUUAUAAACAUGGUACACAAAUCCCUAAAAUGUUAACUGACAUUUAAACUAAAGGUUACUUGGUGGAAAAGAACAGAAGACAGAUUUUGCACAAGUUGCCUUUUUUUUUUUAUGUUCCCCUAAUCUUUCCCUGUGUUCUGAAGAAAAGCAAGAAGCUAAAUCGUUUUGAAAAUAAGCAUUCCAGAUUUCUGCAAAGGAUUAGCUAAAUUGAGAUGGUCGGUUGUUAUAAAAAAAACAAUUAUGCAACUCUUAGUCACUUUAUCUACAGCGAAGGGAUAUAUCAACAAAUCUGCACACCCUGGCACAUUUUUUAAAUAUAGUUUUGUUCAGACUUUAAGCUACAUCGCCACAUUCAAGUCAAUCACAUACGGCAGACCGCAAAGUACGCGUGCAACGCUGGUCAUGUGCUAGCUGGACGAAAAAUAAACGAAUGCCUUAAUGCAGUCUCUACGGAUGAAUACCUGCACUCGGUGGCUGCACGGGACUCAAACAGCUGAAAAGAAAAUGAAAUAGUGCAGCUGCUGCUGGAGAUGGCG